CUUGACCGCUGAAAUGAUAAUGCUGUGCUAUUAGCUGGGUGAGCAGAGGCUUUAACGACUUUUGCUCGACGCGGAGAAACCAGAACAUACCGCUACCAAUAAACCAAUAAACAAACAUCAGACAACUGUUCAGAAAGCCGGGGGAUGACUGACGUACUUUAAUGUAAUGUUUAAGUACUGAAGUAUUUUAAUGACGGUGGUACGUUUCGGUUUAUAUUCGAAGAAAACGUUCUUGGUUGACCUUACAAAGUAUGAGUAAUGCCACUCAUCUAGAACACGUUUAUUUUCUUAUCAAAGCGCCAGAAUCUAACUGGAAAACGCUGUUGAUGCGGAGAGGCGCCCAAAACAAUUUCGAGGACUAGCCUAAUUGUAGCCGCUUGUUUGCGUCAGUUCGCCUGCCUGCGGGAUUUGCGGUAGCGUGGUGGAAAAGUCAGCUCGAAGUUUGCGUGACGACACCCGUCGUGGAGAUGCGUUCUCACAGACUGGCUGUGCUGUUUUCCUUAAGGAGGCAGACCACGCCGGACAGCAACGCCACAACAAGACGCUGGCCGAAACAGGCGAAUACAGACUAAAGUUCAAGUUCAAUUAUUAGGCGUCUUUAUUUUCAUGCGAGGGGACAUUUCUCGCGAACACAUAAGGGAAGAGACCGCCAAAAUGAAAAUGUACAAAGGCUCACGCGGAUUUUUUUUUUAGACGUUAAAAAUCCUACCACGGAAACGAUUUGAAAUUAACCGAAUUAAAAACUCUCCAGCCCGAACGCAGCAGAUGGGGUCGGUGACAUCCGCAUUGACGAAGACGAGGAACACCGUCAAAGUGGGCUCCGAUCCUCCGCAUGAACCCGACCGCAGUCAGUCCGCUCCGGAGUCGGUGCCGGGGAAAAGGCGAAGUAUCCGAUCGAACGUUUUCUCCAGCCGCAGCAGGCAGAGUACCCGGCAGUCUCUGUCCGAGGUUCUGAACGGCCAGGAUGGCGGUGGAGUGGGGCGCGCUUUGAAAGCUGUCACAGGCUCCAAGUCCCCGAACGCGGUGUGGAACGCUCUGACGGCCGGCACGGCGGUGAAGGACCGGCCGAAGGAGAAGGCGGCCCUGGAGGACCCGCGGCCCCCGGAGGAGAUCCUGGCGGAGGAGCCCCCUCCCGCCGACGGGCCAGAGGCCGCCCUGAAAGCCGCCAUCAGACUAAGAUGUUUGGUGAAGCAGCUGGACCGUGGGGAGGCUUCGCUUGUGGACCUGAAGAAAAACCUGGAGUAUGCGUCCACCGUGCUGGAGUCGGUGUACGUGGAGGAAACGCGGCGGCUGGUGGACACGGAGGAUGAGCUCAGUGACAUCCAGUCGGACGCGGUGCCGUCGGAGGUCCGUGAUUGGCUGGCCUCCACCUUCACGCGGCAGAUGGGGCUGAUGCUGCGGCGCACGGAGGAGAAACCGCGAUUCAGGAGCAUCGUACACGCAGUGCAGGCUGGGAUAUUCGUGGAGAGAAUGUACCGGAGAACCUCGAACAUGGUGGGACUCAGCUACCCCUCUUCUGUUAUAUCAGCACUGAAGAAUGUGGACACCUGGUCCUUUGACGUGUUUACCCUGAAUGAGGCCAGUGGAGACCACGCACUGAAGUUCAUUUUCUACGAGCUCCUGACCAGAUAUGACCUCAUCACUCGAUUCAAGAUCCCCAUCUCUGCAGUGGUGUCGUUCGUGGAGGCGUUGGAAGUGGGGUACAGCAAGUAUAAGAACCCCUAUCACAACCUCAUGCACGCUGCUGACGUCACACAGACUGUGCACUACCUCGUGCUGAAGACUGGGAUGGUGCACUGGCUAUCGGAGCUGGAGAUCUUUGCCAUGCUCUUUGCUGCUGCUGUCCAUGACUAUGAGCAUACUGGCACCACCAACAACUUCCACAUCCAGACCAGGUCUGAUUCGGCCAUCUUGUACAAUGACCGGGCGGUGCAGGAGAACCACCACGUGAGCGCGGCGUAUCGCCUCAUGCAGGACGACGAGGAGAUGAACAUCCUGUCCAACCUGUCCAAGGACGACUGGAGGGAGUUGCGUGCCAUGGUCGUGGAGAUGGUGUUGGCCACAGACAUGUCCUGUCACUUCCAGCAGAUCAAAUCCAUGAAGAGCUUCAUACAGCAGCCUGAGGGCUUUGACAAGCCCAAAGCCUUAUCUCUCUUGCUGCACACUGCUGACAUCAGCCACCCGGCCAAGAAAUGGGACCUGCACCACCAGUGGACCAGCUCUCUGCUGGAGGAGUUCUUCAUCCAGGGAGAUAAGGAGGCAGAGCUGGGUCUUCCGUUCUCACCGCUUUGUGACCGUAACUCAACCAUGGUAGCGCAGUCACAAAUUGGGUUCAUCGACUUCAUCGUGAUUCCCACGUUCACGGUCCUGACGGACAUGACCGAGCACAUCGUCACGCCGCUGAUCGACGAGGCCUCCCAGUCCGGCCCCGCUGCCGCCCGGCGCUCCAGUCUGAACAGCAUCACUUCUGAGGAGGCAAAGCACAUUGAGAAGAGCAUGGGGCCAGAGGGAAACUCCUCCCACAACUGCUCGCUCCUCACUGUUAACAUCAAGAACUUCAAGUCCGUGUGGAACGAUGAGGUGCUCAAGAACAGGGAGAGGUGGAAGGCCCAAGCUGUCACAGAUGAGAAGGCCAAGCAGGAGGCAGAGGCAGCACAGCAGGAGCAGGCAGGGAAGACUGACCAAUCAGAGCAGGCAGGGGGAGGGCCAGGCUCAUCAGGGCCAACCGACAUGAAGGAGAAGGCGGGGGCGGGGCCGGAGCCUAAGACUGAGGCCAAGGCCAAGACCGGUCCGCACGUUCAAAACGGAGAAGUGAAAGAAAAUUCCGGCUCGACUGGGAAUGAUGACAGUCAGAAAAAAAAUGCUGAUGAGAAAGAAGGGGAUUAAGAAGACCCAGAAAUGAGCUGUGUAAAAUAGCCACCACCCACACGCCCACAACCCACUGCUCAUAAUAAUAAUAACGCCCCCCCCCCCCCCCCAUGACCUUCAAUAUUAUAUAAAUAUUACACCAUUAAUAUAAACGUAUCAACACUGCUCCUCAUUUUCUCCCACACCAUAUCCUGACGCACUAUGUGAGCUGUCUGAAGGGGACACUUGACCCUACACUGCCCCCUGUAGGUCAGGACUGAUAGGGCAGCUGCACAGAGCGUUUGGGUGCCCUGCCUAGUCCGGGAACCGUGCCCAGUUUUCUUUAAACGGCAGACUGCAGGCAACUGGAAGCGAUGCAUCGCCCCUCAGCCACCACCAGGGGGAGCCAGCGUUAUCAUCUGAUCUCAUUAUGCCUGAGAAGUGAAUGCUAUACAUAAGAAUAACCUUGAAGUCAUCAUUUACCCCCUCAAUUUCUACAUGUAUUAUAAUUACUGUAGUGAUUGUUAUUAUGUUUUGUUGUUAAUGUGCUUAUUAUUACUUUUAUUUACUUCAGUUAAAUAUGUGCCAUGUUGAGUUGACUGAGCCUCCUUGGCGUGUGUUCAGAGUGUGUGAAUGGUGAGUACAAGCUGAAUUAGUUUCUUUCACAACCUUUAGUUUCUUUUGGCACAAUUUUAGAGAUAUAUAGGCAGUUAUAGAGAAAACAAUGGCAGGAAACUCGCUGCUCUCCAUAACAUAAGAAACAGGGGGUAUGUAAAGCAAACAAACUCAAUAUUUACAUUUGGCUCCUGCUAUUACCUGAUACCAGGGCCAACCCUUAUGGAGAUGUAUAUAUUGAAAGAUAUAUUGAAAUAAAGUGCAUUAUGAAGCUAUCGCAACAUUCCCACAGAUACAGCUAUUGCAAUACAGUUGCAUCAUCAUCAUCCUGGUUUUAAAAUAUACAUGUAUAUACACAUAAUUUAAUUUAUAUUUCAUUAUAUUGCAUUUCUAUAACUGGAGUACUGCACUGCAAAAAAAGCAUUUCUCUUAACAAUGGUUUUAGUAUUGUAAUUAGACUUCGGGCCAGUUUGGCAGACACAGAUUAAGCUUAGCUCUAGACUAAAUUCUAAUGUGAAUGGAGAUACCAUACAAAGCUCAGUUUACUACAGGAGUAAACCUAAUAUGUGCUACCUGCCAUUAAUAUCUUAUUUUUAAAUUUUUAAAUAGAAAAUAUUACCUUGUUUUAAGUUUUUGCUUGACAAGUGAAAUUGUCCUUAUCAGAAAUAAGUCUAAAUAUAAUACUAAAAUAUUUGCUACGAUUGACUGAGGUUUUUGCAGCUUGCAAACUCUUUUCUCAACUCAGGUGGUAAUCCAGGAGACUGUGAUAUUACACGAUCGACAAGGUGGAACAAAAUAUUCACGUUUAUGUUCAUACUCGUCUGCGGGCCACAGUGUAGCUGCUUGCCCUUAAAAAAAAAACAAAUAAUAUCUGAAAACGUACAUACUUAGUUUGGUAAAUUAACGAGUGGUGUUCUGUGAUUCUCAUCACUCGUAAACAUGUUGUGCAAUAUAGCUACACAGAAAAAAAUGUCAGUGUUAAUUUAACUCUCACAGAGUACACACUGUACGAGUCCAAUAGAAAGCAUAUGUACUCUCUAAGUGUUGUUUUAUCACUGAACAUUUUACUCGGUAGGUUUUGAGUGAAAAAUAGCCAACCACCAGCAAAGCUACACAAAGGAGUGCAGGCUAGCUUGCAGUUAGCAUUAGCCGGCAUUACAUUUGAACAUGUUGAGUAUAGAACAGGCCAACUUAUUAUCUGAUAUAGAAAGGACUGUGUAUGUGUAUAAUAAUGUUGACAGAGCGCGUACAGAACUGUUCACCGAAAAGCGUGUGUAUGAUAAUGUUGACAGAGCGCAUACAGAA